AUGAUGACAUGGCCCGCUCCAAGAGCCUGCAAGACUAGCAAUGGUGAAGUAAAUGAUAGGCUGAGUCUGCUUCCUGAUGAUAUUCUGCUAUCAAUUCUAUCUACCUUAACAUUGAAAGAAGCUGCAAGGACUAGUCUUCUUUCUCGCAGAUGGCGAUGCAUACCUACCUUAAUCUUCGAGGAUCCUAAGACAGUACUUCGACCUGAGCUAUUAGCCCCAAAACAAUCAGGCUUUAUAAGUUGGUGGUUGGAAUUCGCUUUUGGAAAACAUGUCAAAAGACUGGAUCUCAAGUUUAGAUCACUAUGGCCUGAUAAAAAUUCACAGCACAACCGCUACAAAUUAGGGAUCAAUCAAGUUCCUACUUUGGCAAAGCUCAAGCAUCUAAAACUUCGAGUUAUUGGAGAUCAAAGCCUUCUUGGAUUUACUCCCUUGAUCGAAGCAUCUCCAGUCCUGCAAAAUUUUUUUCAUCAGCCAACUUCAUUUAAGAUAUCGAAACGAGAUGGACAGCCCCUUAGGUGCUUAAAGACACUAGAGAUACUUGGCUUUGCGGGAAAUAGAAUGGACCUUGAGUUGCUACAUAUGUAUUCGAGAAUGCUCUUGAUCUCAAAGAGGUUAUUAUCGAGUUCGACCAAAGAUGCUAUAGUCCUAGAGCUGCAAAGAAGCUGA